GAGUGCCAAGCCUCUGGGACUAUAUAAAGGGAGUCUCUGGGAGGAAUUUCACAGUUGCAGAAAAGGCGGCGGAGGAAGCAGCAGCAGCAGCAGCAGGAGCUGGGAUUCAACAGGAGCGCGCACAGCUUGAGCCAGCCAUGCUCCUCUCCGCUCUUCAGCUCUCUGGCAUUCUGCUCGCCUGCCUGCUCCUGAAGGGCUGCUGGGCUUUCAAGAACGAUGCCACAGAGAUCCUUUAUUCCCACGUGGUGAAACCCAUUCCGGCCAGCUCCAGCAACAACAGCACCUUGAACCAAGCGAGAAAUGGAGGCAGACACCCGGGAUUCGACCGGAUCAGUCGCGUUCAAGUUGGAUGCCGGGAACUGAGAUCCACCAAAUACAUUUCCGAUGGCCAAUGUACCAGUAUAAACCCUCUGAAAGAGCUGGUGUGCGCUGGGGAGUGUCUCCCUUUGCCGGUGUUGCCUAACUGGAUCGGAGGGGGCUAUGGGUCCAAGUACUGGAGCAGAAGGAGCUCACAGGAGUGGCGAUGUGUCAACGACAAGACCCGCACCCAAAGGAUUCAGCUUCAGUGUCAAGAUGGAAGUACAAGAACCUACAAAGUAACUGUCGUUACGGCUUGCAAGUGCAAGAGAUACACCAGGCAACACAACGAAUCCAGCCAUAACUUUGAAGGAGCAUCUCAAACAAAGCCCGCACAGCAUCAUAAAGAGAGGAAAAGGAACAGCAAAUCCAUGAAGCAUCCCCCUAGUUAGAACUUGGCCAUGCAUCAUAAAAUUUGAACUUAUCAUUGAAUUGCCUGCUUUACAGAUAUCACUGCCUAACGAAAACUCUACCAUGCCAUUGUUUGCUUCACAGCUGGGUGUACAUAUACUUGUGGCUUUGACCAAACUCAAAAGGGCAUUCUGUGCAUAAGGACCUUUUUCCUUGGGGGUUGGGGGUUGGG